AUGAAUAAAGUAAAAAAUAGACAAAGAAUUGUUAUAGAAAAUAACACUUUAAUUAAAAAUAUAGUAAACGAUCAAGAAAAAAUAGAAAUAUUAGAAGAAAAAAUAAAAUAUAUUUCUAAUAUUAAGCUAACUGAAGUAGUUAAGACAGAUUUAACUUCAUUAAAAGAAUUAAGUUAUAAUGUUGAAAUACCAGCACUAGAGAAAAAAAUUGAAGCAUUAAAAAAUUAUGACGAGUUACAAAGUAAAUUUAAUACAUUAUUUGAUACAAACAAAGAUUUGAGAGAAACAAAUUUUCAAAAUUCUAAAAAAAUCAAUGAGUUAAAUAAUAAAUUAUCGGGAAAAGAAAAACAAAUACCCUUUUCAAAUUCUAAAGAAGAUAAAAAGCAAAAAGAACUAUUCGAGAAAUUUAUUAGAAAUUUUAGAGAGAUAGAAACAUUACAAACUGGAUUUUCAAUCAAACAGAAGAAUAAAAAACAUUUUGUGAACAAGAGAACUGAGAUUAUAAUCAAGAAAAUCCUGAAUGAUUUUGAGAUACGAAAAAAAACAUUAGAAAAAGAACAUGAAGCUGGUAGGUUAAUGAGAGAGACAAAUAUUUUAUGCACAAAAAGUGAUUUAGCGAUAAAUGAAAUUGCAACUAAGUAUGGAAAAGAUGUAGUACAAUUAGAAGCAGAUGUAGAAUAUAAAGUUGUUAAAUUAAAGAAUGAUAUUGAAUCCAAAAUAAAUUCUGAUUUGGAAAAACACAUAAAUUUUGAAUCCAAAAAAUUAAAGUUAGAGAAACAAAUUGAAGAGCUAGAAAACAAUAGCGAUCUCAAAAUGUUGCAAACAAUAUUAAAUGAAUUAAGCCAAGAAAAUAGAAACUUAAGAAAUUUAAAUCAUGAAAAUUCUAAUUACAUAAGUAAGCUAAACGAACAAAUAAUUUUUUCAAGGUCUAAGAAAAGGAAUGAUGAAAAUAUUAAAAAAAUGGAACAUGAUAUAAUAGCUAGCCAGAAAAGCGCUGAAGAAUUUAAAUUAAUCAAUAAACAACUUCAAGAGCGUCUAAAGAAACAAAUAAUUUUUUCAAGGUCUAAAGAGAAAAGAAAUGCUGAUUCUGAUGAAAAAUUUAAAAACAUGUAG